AUGUUGGCAGAAACUGGGAUGAGCAUGGGAGAGAAGUCGGGUGUCAGCAAGCGCGCAGCCGCCGCGGUACGCGGGGACGUUGCUUCGCUUGGCCUCAGCCUCACCAAGGCGAAGAGAGUUGCUGAUGUAGCGCGUGAAAGUAAAAACAAGGCGAUGGCAGCGAAACGAAGUGCGGAGAAAGCAGCGAGGGAAGCAAAAAAAGAUGCCGAGGAGAAGCAGCGGCUGAUUGACCUAGCGAAGGAUGCAGCGGACGCCGAACACGCGAGCAGGGUGAAGGCGGAGGAGGCCAACCGUGUGGCGAAGAAGUAGCUGGAGCUGAGGCAGCGGCGGGUUGAUCUCUUGGAGCAGAAGAUGGCUCGUUUGACUUCAGAGAAACGGGAGCAGGACAAAAAAUAUCGCGAGCUGGCGGCGGAGCUUGGUCUAAAACGGCGGGAACGAGCUCCUCCUCCUGCUCCUGCUGCUGCUGCGCCUGCUGUUGGGUCGAGCUUGGUUCUUCGGCAUCAGGUCAUGAACGAGGCGAGGAGGGCGGCUCAGAGGGAGAGAGACCUGCAAACUAUGAGGAAGCUGGUUACGGCCAACGCCAACCUGAGAAGACAGAUUUUUUCAUGGUGUGCGGAGGAUUUUCGCACACGAUACAUCACAUCUUGUGCAGGGCGCACGCACGCUACCACGGGCACUAGAGCAGCGUUUGCUACCGUUCCAGCGCCAAAAGUAGCUAUGGGUACUGCACUCGCGACGCAUUGUCACUUGAACCUCACCCAAGUUGGGGAAGGGUGGGGGCCGGUGUAAUUUGUUUUGCGUGUACACAACUCAAAAACACACACACACGCGAGCGCGCCACGCUGAACAAUUUUUUGCCUGCGGAGAAUU